GGCCCAGAAUUUUCUAUUGUGUCUGCCUGUGUAUGUUGUGUUUGUUUAUCUGGGCUGCAGGCUGAAAUUGACACAAAGCACACAGAUGAUGGAUAGUGAGUGGAUGAGUUUUUCGUUUUGCUUUCUGUAAGUCACGAGGAAUUGACUGCUUUGGAAUUGCACUUCUACCAUCUCUUCAGCCUCUGUAGCUCGGACCUGACACCCUGAAAUAACCCAAGCAGAGAAAAAGACCAAGUGCAAAGGUCUAGAGGACCAUUCACAGCAGUUCUCAAGCCUGCAUCAGUUCAUUCAUCUCUUCGUUUCAACACAAAGGUCUCUGGAAACUACUUAAUAACAUGAUGAAAGCCACCAGAACUCUGUGCCUGUUUCUCCUGUUCCUGCUCCACCCUGCUGAAGCAGACCAAGCUCUUUCAACUACCACCAUGGAUUUACCCACAUCCCAAGACCAAACAGGCACCCCAACAUUUACAGCGGAGUCCCACCUCACAGCAACUUACCAUGAAAACCCAGCUGCUGCAAUCAACGCCACUGGUGGCGACUGCUUAAUUGACACUGAGAUGGGUCUCAUUGCCAUUGGUUCAGCAGGAGGAUUAAUCCUCUGCUUACUGGUUACAACAUCUGUGCUUGCAUGUCAGAUCUGUGUCCUUCAGCACCGGGUCUACAUCCCCCGAAGUCGCCGAUCAAACACGGACAUAAGUGGUACUCACUACUGGGAAGCAGAUCAAACAGAGAUAGAAGGGCUGGUUGGCCCGUGUGACACGACUGUUAUGCUAGAGGAGGUGAGAACAGACGGUAUGACUGACAAGCAGGAGGCUAAGGAGGAAGCUUGGGCAGGACUUGAUGAAGGGAAAACAACUUCUACUGAACCUGAAGAGAAAGUCUUUCAGAUCCAGAGCUCCAGUUCUAAGGAUUCCUGUUUGGAGGUCCCCAAGGAUUUGGAAGACAUGCCUCUUGUUGUAUGAAAUGGUAACCCACCCCUGUCUAAACAAAUUUGUUAUGUUGUCUUUAUUCUUAUUUUUCAGAAACUAAAGUUUUUGUAAAACGUAAAGCUACUUAGAUAUUAAAAAAUUGGGAUUAUCUUUAGAAUUUAAGAUUUAUUUAAAUUUAAAAAGAAACCAAUAAACUAACACUGAUAGCAGAUUAUAAAUUGUACAGUUUUUGAAAAAGUUUAGCUGUGUCAAAAUGUUUUUUUCACUAACAGAUUCAAGUUCAAAUAAAAAGCAAAACUUGAUGUUUGAGCUGUAUGAUGCUACAGAACUACUUUUGGUCACUAUCAAUUAAACAAAUAAAGGGAAAAGGAAAUACUGAAAAUGCAGAAAUAAGUAUGUGAGAUACUUACUCAUGUUUAUAGAAUAUGAGAAAUCUGAAAAAAUAUUUUAAGACUUCAGUUAGCACGGAGUUCAUCCAGGCCAAAUUAGGGAGAAUUAUUUUGACAUCCCAAUGUGUGCAAUUUUAAUCAAAAAUUUCAUGAGAGAUUGUGGAAGAAAACAACACAAUUUUGUUGUGUUCAAAACAGAACAUUCUGUUUAUAAAGUGACCUUUAACCUCAUCUGACAGUCAAUAAGUGCUUUAGAGUGUUGCUCUAAUUCAUACCUUUUCAAACACACUCAUGCAGUUCCUUGUGGAAGCAUUCAUGCCACUUCACAAUUAUUCAGUACUUUGUGUCUGGUUAUCAAAUAAAUCCUAAUAAAAUAAGGUUUGUGACUAAACCAUGACAAAAUAUCAAAUAGUUGUUUUUUUUUGUUUUUUUUGGGGGUUUUUUGCAGUCUCCAGGGUAAAAGGGUAACGGAACGGAUCAAUGGAACGUUUGGGGAUCAGCACCAAAUUAGAAAAACUUGAGAUAUGAAACACUUGGUGAAUGUCACAAUAAUGAUAUGAUUUGUGAUAAAUAAAUGAUUUUUUAAAAAGCGUUGCAAUCUUUUUGCUUUGAGUUCAUAGAACAUAUAGACUCUGGAUAAUGUGUGGUCUUUACAUCUUCUAUAUGAAAAAAAAAAAAACAUAGCACCUAAAUAAUUAGGGUUGCACUAAUUGUAGUUUCCUGGCCGAUAGCCGUUUACCUAUUUUUAAAAGCCCUGACUUGCCGAUUCCAAUUUUGGCUGAUAGAAAUAUUUUUCUCUGAAAUGUUGCUAAAUAUAGCAAUUCAGUCGCUGAGUUGGCAACAGUGGAGCGACUAUUGUUAACUGCAAACAUGCAGACAUGACCUGUUGGGCCGGUCGGUCAGUCCAACCUCUAAUCAGAAGAGGAUAGCAGUUGAUUUCUAGACAUUUGCUGAGGUAGAUAAGAUCAGUGGAUAAUAUUGCUUUCAUAUUUAAGCUUCGGCCGAUCACUGAUCUCCCAAGAUUCAGAAAAUUGGGGCCGAUAAAUAGGUGCACCCCUAUAAAUAAGCAAACAGGUAUUGCAGUCCAGCCAAGAAUCAAAAAACAUUUUUGGUCCUUAUGUGUUCACACAAAGAAAUUACGGUCGGUUAUUCUCUUCACAAGUGCAGAGAAUAAUAUCUUCCAGUCACACGUAGAACUUAGGAGCACUAAUUUGAGGUGGGAUGUAUAGAAAAGCGCAAGUUAGAGUUUUAUGUCAUCAACCGAUAAUUGUAUUUGUUUCUCUCAGUGCAAGUGGUUUGAGUGUACACUGGGGGGGGGGAAUUUCAGUUCUAGGGAAAAAGCUGUCUUUAAGUCUGGUGUUGUGUGUUUUUCAGUUCCUGUACCGCUCUGCAGAAAGAAGCAGAAUAAACAGUAUAUUGCCUGGGGAUCUCCAGCUAUACGUCUGGAUCUGUUAUCAACAUGUCCACAUGUAGGAUUGGACUUUGAUUACCAGAACAUAAGCACUCCCUUACUAAGCUGCAGCUGUGAAACAACAACAACAACAAAAAAAAAAUCCUAUAAAUGUAACCAAGAUGGGACACAGCUGAUCUUAUGUGCAGUCAAAGCAGUUCUUAAAAUGCAGAUGACAUAAAACUGAUGAUCUAUAGAGUUACAUAGAUGUUCAACCAGAGCUUCCAAAUAUAUACUUGUGAACAAAAUUUUUGGUAUCCCUCUAUCAAUGACCAAAAAGCCCAUAAUGUUCACCAAAAUAACUUGAAAUUGACAAGUUUCAAAUAAAAAUUUACUGCCAUGAAAACCAGACAUUGCUUUUGAAAUGUGGCUCAGUCUAAUCAUUAAAAAAAUCAACUAAUCAACUAACCUGGACAAAAAUAUUGAUGUACGUCCUCUAAUUAACGUUACCUUAUACUUCUAUAAAGGCUGAAGUCCUUAAACAUCUGCAAAAAAAAAUGCUGCAGAUGUUUUAUGAGUGUAUUGCUUUAUUUAACUACUGUAAUCAGUUAUUUUAACUAUUUUAAUGGUGAAUUCUUACAUUAGUUUUGACAAAAAGUAACUGAAACUAAAGAGAAGUGAAAUUUUAGUUAGUUUAGCUUCUAAAUUUGAAGUUUUGUCUUGGAUCAAAAGUCACAACUUUUGUCUUACAUCAACUUUACAUUUAUCUAGGGUUUAGCAAAAUAGUUGGAGAGCACAUGGUUGUCAGUUUGAAAUGUUUCAUUUCCUGUCGGUGAGGAAAGCGUCGGUUUCAUCAUCUCAAAGAGGUGGGGUUAUUCUCUGCUCUUAGUUCCUGCUUUUUUAAGUCAACAUUGUAUGUUAAGUCUAACAGGUUAAUCUUUGAACUAUUAAUACAUCUUGAUAACAAACCCGGGUUAUCCUUGUAGAGUCACAGUGUGAAACACCAGGGGUGUGUAACAGAAGAUCUGAGGCCAAAAUGACCAGCUUUACCUUCAUUCUUUUUCUGCCAAUGGCAGCAAUCAGCACAGUAAAAUCUGAGCUGCCAAUCAACACCACAGACGUGACAACAGGCAACAUGACCCAAAACACCCAGAUGGAAACACGACAGCCAUCAACUUUAGAACAGCUGUCAGGGAUCCCAUCGCUCAACACUACAACAACUACCAGUGUUGAUAGGACUACAGCAGAGGACCCAAGAAUCUCUACUCCUUCACUGCACACAACUCAGACGACGCAUCCAGGAAUACUUUCAGUAAAUACUGAGACAGCACCAGCUCUCACCAGUUCAUCAAAUACACCAACUGUUAAGUCUAACGUUUGGAAAUCCAUUACAACGAUUCUGACUAGUCAGACCAGUCAGCGAAUCAACAAUUCAACAGCACCUCCGAUGCUAAGCAACAUUACACAAAACCACAGCACACAGAGGACAUCAACCUCACAGACCAAGUUAAAUGGGGUGACCUCCUCAUUUAUACCUUCAUCCACAUCGACGGCCAUUCAAACAAAAACCACAUCUGUCAAGCCUGAAGAAAGAAAAUCUAAAAGUACCAAGCGAGUUCCAGGUGGUGACACAACACAACCCUCCACCUCAGAGACGCCAAACAUUGACAAGGCAGAGAAAAAAGGUUCACAAGACGGCAAAGUUGUGGCAGCAAUAAUAGGUUCAAUGCUGUCACUGAUGAUUGUGGGAUUUCUGCUCAUAUACAUCCGUAAACAUAGACUUCAGAAGGAGCAAACGUCUACAAGCUGGGCAGGUCCUUCGCCACUUCUGGAUGGGGAAGCUAACAAAGGCAAUGUGGUAUUGGGAUCAUCCAACCGAAUUUCCCUGACCAGUUUCCUGCCUCACAGACUUUCAAAGACAUUCUCUUUACUUCCAGAAACAAAUGAGAUGAUAGAAAUCACAUCAAGAGCCACGAUAGAAGAAAAACACCAAGGAACCACCUUUGGUCAAGCUAUCGAUGGAAAUGGUGCACAAGAAAAAUAGUUUGCAGAAGAGAACACUGGAAGUGAAACUGAAGAGAUAGCUGUAAUGUCUGCCGUAGAGAUCUCUUUAGUGAACCAACAGUCGUCCUCAGACACACAGUCAUUCUGGUAUUUGAAGUUUCAUGGAAAAACAAAAAGUGGCCAUACAUGGUCAUACGGCCUCUUAUUAAUCUGAAGACUGUAUGCAGUUAGUUUCCUGUCUGAGACUGGAUUUUGGGGCACUGAAAAUUAGUGUCAUGUUUCAUAAUCAACAUUAAUACAGCUAUUACCUGGGUCAUUGUGCUCACAUCAGCACACAGAAACUAAACCUACAAAAUCAACAAAUAUGGCUGUCAGAAAUGAUCUGAAUCUUUUUUUUUCUUGGGGGAUUUACUUGGAUAGUACAAAAUGCAACUGCAUAUGUUUAGAUCUAUCUUCCACUUCAAUGAAAAGCAGAAGGAAGUGUUGAAAGAGGAACACACAGUGAGAUACAAUGUUGCUGACAUUGUUCAUGCUUGAUUUGUUCUCCACACAGCAAUACAGAAUGCACUGUGAACAAAAGAUCUUCAGAACACCGUCAUGAGACCAUACGCAAAGAGAUAUAAACUCAAUAAGCAGAUAUCACAAACGAGUUUAGUUUUUAGGACCUAGAAAACUAAAUAUGGAAUUUUUGAAUCAGGCAUUUCUUCUUUAACCACUUCAAGGAUAUUUCAUCAUUAAGUGCAACACAAAUGCUUCUUUGUAAAAGCUCUGUUUAGAGUCAGCUGUGUUUUGAAAUGUUGAGAUGGUUGCUCAAUGUGAUGGAUAGAUGGAUGCUUUAUUUGUCAAUGUGGGAAAAUUAAUGUCCAUCCAUCCAUUAAAUCUAUUAUCUUACACACUUAAAAAAUGAGUUCGGGCAGCAUGUCUACUUGCUUUGAUCUAUUCAAU